AUGGCAAGCGCAAGUCGAGUCAUUGGACUCUUCGACUGCAUCUUUGUGCAGCACCGCUUCUUAGUGUUGGCUGCCUGGGCCUUCGCAGUCUUCCUCGGCAAGGGUGCCGAGGCCCCGAUGCCCCUCCCGCAGCUGAAUGGAGUAGAGCUGCUCCUCGGUGGCAAGCGUAGGCUAGCAUGA